AUACACGGCUAUAGCCGUGAUUAUAUUAUUAUAAUAUUAAUAUUCUUCAAAGACCGAUAUUAUAGACCAACAUUUAUUUAAUCUAUGCAUGUACCUUUAGCCAUAAAAUUAUCGUAUGUUCAUUUUACAGUGUAUAACAAAUAUUAUUAUCACUGAUCACACCUCAAAUCUCGAUGCGCAAAUACAUGAAAAAAAGAUAGGUAUACCACAGGUAUCUGUAUAUGGGCGGCAAUGUAUUUCUUAAAGGGGGAUAGUUGUUCCACGGAAUAAAUGAAAUUCAUUUAUUCCGCGGUUGUUCUACCAUCAGACACAUUCACUGUUGUUUAAAUAUUGAUAACGUCAGUUGCUGACAUACCUGUUUUUUUGUGCGUUUAGGUAUCUUGAGUGUUAUCCUAAUUAAGUAUAAAGUAUUAACACUUUGUGCUCUGUAAAUACCGAAUUGUUAGUUGUGAUUGUGCGACUUUCAACAAAUUGUUACCGAGUAUAAAUUAUUAAUUAAUAUUCGGUUAUAUAUUAUACUUUUACAGCUGCGGUGUCGUGUGUUGUUACAAAUCAAUUAUUUACGCAAUCCAUUGUUUAUUAUAAAAUUAUCGGUUGGUUUUUACCUAAUUACUUUUCGUUAAUUUUUGUAUGUGAAUUCGUAUUGCUUUUUUCGUAAUAAUCGUAAUUAUCUUCUACUUUUUUUUGCUUUAAAUAAUAAUAUCUAUCCGUUCUAUGGAUAUAGUCAUGUGUUGUUGUUAAUUAUAAUGUAGUGAUCAUUGUUGGAGUUUCAUGAGAAAAUGUCAAUUGAAGACAACGAAUCUGUUGAUGAGUAUUUUACAAGUUUGAGAUCGGAUUUGAUGAACCGAGAAGAUAUAACCCGUAUGGAGAGACCUAGCAGAAUAUUUAGUAGUCGUCAUCAUUCAUAUCCAUUAUCUCCAAUGUAUUCAGAUAACAAUAAUAUGGAUCUCAGUGAUCAAUUACGAUAUCGAUCAAGAGAGUUGGCUAGAAAUUUAGGAAGUCCAUUACGUUCGACUCAACCGGAAGGAGGAAGCGAUUUACGUUACGUUGGAGACUAUGAAAGACGACCUAGGCCUUAUCCUUGGAGAUAUUCGGAUCGUUCUUAUAAUUCAUCUCCCACUAUUCCUAAUACGUCUAAUGGAGAUACUGGUAGGAAUCGAUCUCCUUAUGUAAGAUUUACAAUUACCGAUCCUGACACUCAACGUGUGACAGCUGCUGGGCAAAUUCCAUUGAAUGAUCCUUCAAAUACUCAUACUGCCAGAUCCGAAACUCCCCCAGAAGGCAGUUUAGAACUUGAAAACAUGCUGCAUGCAUAUUCCAACAACUUUUUAGCUAACCAGUCUGUUUUAAAUAGUUUUAACAAUCCUAUGGCAUCAAGAAAUCCUGCAUCGGGUAGACGAUCCAGACGAUUAAUGGAUCAUCCAUAUUUCAUGAGACAUCAUGUAGAUACCCCUAUUAGGCCACCUAAUAGGCGUGUUCGAUUUUCUUCGACAAACCAAAACUAUAGUGAUCAUUCUUUCGAUGAUAGAACUCCUGAACAAGAACUUCCUGCAGAACAAGAAGAACAAAUAGAACUCGAAAAUAUUUCAUAUGAUGUUAUGAACCAUAGUCAAGGAAGCGUGUCCAGUUUGUCAUCGAUUUCAAUGCCAGAUGUAGAUUCUAGCGACGAGAGAAGAUUACAGGAUUUCACAGUAUCGGAAAAUAAUGAAUCUUCUAACGGAGAUUUAGAAAACAGGAGAUCCAAUAUGUUGAUAACAAUACAAAGUCUUGAUCCCGGUAAUAAUGAACCUAUUAGUCCGUUCAGUGUUCAAAGUGAAAAUUCGCCACCGGUCACCCUUUCUCCACCGCUAUUGACUAUAAGCAAUAACAUGAAUUCUAGAUCGUUAUCUUAUACUGAUAAUGAUGAAGAAGACGACCAUGCAUCGAUUUCUAUGGAACUCGAACCUGCUCACAAUAGUAAUAUUGCAUUGAACCGGUUUGUGGUCGAUGAUUUAAAUGAUACUGAUGGUUCUCAAGAUGGUAUUGAAGAAAAUUUAAGUCCACAGAAUAGACCGGCUACUGCUGAACAAAUAAAUAACGAAUGUGAAGUGACUGAAGAAUCAGUUUCCCAUGCUCAAGUUGAAGAACACCCUGGAACUUAUAAAGAACUUAAUGAACAGUUGGUUCGCUUAUUUGAAUGUCCUGUAUGUUUUGAACAUAUAAUACCGCCAAUAUACCAAUGUUGCAUGGGUCACAUAAUUUGCCAAACGUGUAAACAAAAGUGUGAAAUUUGUCCGACGUGCCGAAAUUCUUUCAAUUCAGAGCGCAACUUGUACAUGGAAAAAGUCGGUUACUUAUUGAAGUAUCCGUGUAAAAACUCACUCACUGGUUGCACCGAACAAAUGUUCAUGGAACAAAAAGAACGUCAUGAACAAGAAUGUGGCUAUCAACAUUAUCCCUGUUUUCUCUCCAAUUGUUCUUGGAAAGGUUACUACGCCGAAUUCCACGUUCAUAUGACACAAAAUCACAGUUCAAUCAUACUGUCUGGCGAAGAACAGACUCUGGACAUUAUUGUACAAGGUAAUAAUAGUCAAACAAACAAGUGGUUUUUGUGUGCACACGGUGAACAUUUUGUAAUUAUUGUAAACAUGUCUGGACCGCCAAAUCAAAUAAAAGCCCAUGUGAACUACAUUGGCCAUGCGUCAAAAGCAAAAAUGUUCAAUUUUUCAAUAACAUUAAGCAAAAACCAAAACGAUAAUAUGUCACAAAAAUUAACAUACACCAGACCGACGCUACCAUAUUCCGAAAUACGAAUCUCCAAUAGCCACAAUCGCCAAAAUGAUAUAUUCUGUUUACCCGGUGAAGUAAUAGAACCAUAUGUGAAUAAGAGAAGUAAUCGCCUUCCUAUUAUUUUGAAAAUUGAAUCAAUGUGAUUUAUAAGUAUUUUAUAUUAAAACGCAUAAUGUUUAAGAUUCGUUAUGCUUGUCUAUAUAAUUUUAUAAUGUGCAGGGGAAAAUUUUAGAAUGUCAAGGGGUAAAAUGAUGAUAACAAUUUUUAUACAAAACUAUGAUAACUACAAUUUAAACCUAAUAGCAUAGAUUACUAUAUCCCCAUUUCCUUUUAACAUAGAUAUUUAGUGUGUAUUAUUAUUCUAAAUGUUAUGAUUGAGUACUUAUAAAUGAUUUAUU